AUGUCAUCCAACACAGAUGUUUCUCUUUCUUCAUAUGAUGAAGAUCAGGGAUCCAAACUUAUCCGAAAAGCUAGAGAGGCACCGUUUGUCCCUGUUGGAAUGGCGGGGUUUGCAGCAAUUGUUGCAUAUGGAUUAUACAAAUUGAAGAGCAGGGGAAAUACUAAAAUGUCCAUCCACCUGAUCCACAUGCGGGUGGCAGCCCAAGGCUUUGUUGUAGGAGCAAUGACUGUUGGUAUGGCCUAUUCCAUGUAUCGGGAAUACUGGGCAAAACCUAAGCCUUAG